AUGGUCGCCGUCAUGAUGGUUGUAUGUAUAGAAAUGUUCUUUGCUAUGAAGGGGGCGGGCCACGUUCAUGGGUCGGAGUACGAUACUCUUAUAGACAAGCUAGGUCAUGAACACGGCUACGAUGAGCAUGCUGGCCAUGUUCAUGCAAACGGCGGAGAACUGGAGCGAGGCACAUCGCUACCGUUGGGGAAAUUACGGCGAAAUCCGCACCCAGCGAAUGGGUUAAUGAUAAGCCCUUCGACGGAGAAUCUGGUAGAGGGAGCGAGUCCGCUCAUACCACAGGGCGGAGGGGGCAACCACCGCAGAGAAGACGCAGACGCCAGUCAGUUAAGUGAUGACGAAGAUUUAGAUCUGGAUCUUGAAGAACUCGACCCACAACCUGAGGAUAAUGCAUCUGAUAUAUUGCACCCAACUCGACGACGAGGUCAUGGCCAUGGCCACCACGAUACCGCAUCACACCACCACGACACCAACAUAAGCCAGCAAACCGCCCAAAAACAGCUGCUGCAGUGUCUACUUCUCGAAGCCGGCAUUCUAUUCCACAGUAUAUUCAUCGGUAUGGCUCUCUCCGUGGCCUCAGGAGCAAACUUCCUCGUGCUUCUAGUCGCCAUAUCGUUCCAUCAGACUUUUGAAGGCUUUGCCCUCGGUGCGCGUAUAGCAGCCCUAAUACCAGCCUUAUUCCCACCGUCAUCGCCUAAACCCUGGCUUAUGGCGUUGGCGUAUGGAGCCACUACGCCCAUCGGCCAGGCUAUCGGGUUGGGUGUACACAAUUUGUACGACCCAGCGAGCACUACGGGACUACUCAUGGUUGGCUUAACAAACGCAUUCAGCAGCGGACUUUUAUUGUUUGCGGGAUUAGUGGAGUUGUUAGCUGAAGACUUCUUGAGUGAUAGGAGUUACGACAUUUUGCAAGGAAGAAAUAGGCUUGAAGCCUGCCUUGCUGUUGCUGCUGGUGCGUUACUGAUGGCAUUAGUAGGGGCCUUUGCAUAG